CGAGAGUGUGUGAGAGUAAAAGAGAGAGAGAGAGGAAGAGAGAGAGAGAGAGAGGCGCGACAUCGACGAGCAACAGAGCUGCAGACCUUUGAAAGGCAGGGGCUUGCUAUGGCACAGGGCUCUGACAGCAACGAUACCAGCUUCACCAGAUCCCCGUCUCCUUCCAAUAAGGACUCAUCUGACGAUAUGAAAAAAGUAUUAAGACGUGAGAAGAACCGACUUGCUGCUCAGAAAAGUAGAAUGCGGCAGACACAGAAGGCUGAUACCUUACACCUGGAGAGUGAAAAUCUGGAAAAAGAAAAUGCAGCCUUACGGAAAGAAAUUAAGAGACUGACAGAAGAAGCCAAGUACCUCUCAGCAGUGCUCAGCAGUCAUGAGCCCCUCUGUUCAGCGGUCACCUUACAGGCCUCUGAUAUUGUGUACUCUUCGCAUGGACCCUUCCACCAGACCCACAUCAGUUCCUCUCGCUUCCAACACUGAUCAGCACACAACAGACUGAAGCAUACUACCAGGAAUUGGACACGGACCAUGUCGGCACUUUUCAUCUGGCCCUAAUUUUGUCUUCCGUAGAGCAUGGACCAUUUAUAGGAAUUUUCUACCAAACUAGACUGUAGUGAUAAGGAACUGAUCUCAACCUUGGCUGCAUGAUGCCUUUCUAUGUUGUCUAACUUCAUCUUGCUUUCAAUAAUGUCUUUUAAAAGAACUCGUAUGAGGGAUUUUCAGUAUCAGGACAAAGUAUUGUGACAGUUCGCAAGUUUAUUUCUUAUGAAAUAAUUUCACACAUACUGUAUAUACUAUGUGUUAGGGAGAAAUGAGAUAGAGUACACUGCCACCUAGUGAUCAAAUACUAGUUUUACUGUACGUGCAGAGAUGUUUUAAGAAAGGCACAGUUUCUCUAAGAGGAAGCAAAAGAUUUUGAGAAUUCCUUCCAGCAUUCACAGAACUAAUUCCUGCAGGAUCAUUUUAAUACUGUAUAAGAUUUUAAGAUCUGUGUUUCCUUCUGAAUGGAGAUGAUUUUUGAACUGAUGCCAGAUAGAGCAACUGGAACAAAAAAAAAAGUUUUCUGAUGUUCUGGUGUCUAAUAAAAUUUGCAUUCAUUAUACAAGAAUGCUGAUAUAUAUUGUGCGUAUUGUAUCAAAAGGGACGAAUAGGUGCGUUUCACUUUUAUACAAAAAAGUGUGUACUGUAAAGCUUUUACUCAGACAGUGUGAAUAGUAUUUAAUGUAUUGUUACAGUAUAUUAGUAAGAGUGAGAGAAAAUGUAACCCAUUAAUCUGAAUAUCUACCUCUACUCAAGCUGUCAUUCCACUGCAGAGUGAAAGCCAGUAUGUUGUUUUAUCUUAAAAUCUUUUUUUUUUUUUUUUCCUUUUCAGAAGGUCUGAAGCCACACGUAAGCAAAGACUUCUACUGGGUAAAUGUUACGGGUACAUGAUGAUCUUUUGCAUACAGUAUGCUGUAUGUGGUUCAUUUAUGAAUUCAAUGUAGUACAGUAUUAGCUUUCAGCUAAUUUAGAUUCAGAGAAAGAUUGACUUUGUAGUUCCAAAGGUGUCAUGGAUUACAAUUCAGCUAGAGAAGCUUAGAAAAUGUAUGUAACAUGAAAUACCUUGAGUAGGUAUAAAUGUUUCAAAAUAAAAGUCGAUUUCUGAAAUAUACCAUACACUGCCUGGAAUAAACACCAUCAGACACAGCAAUGCCAGAUGGUUUAUCUAUAAUUAAUUGCAAUAAAAUCUUCAGGCUGGUCCUCCUGUAGAUCAUAUAAACAGAAAUAAUGAAAUUCAUCUAUGAAACCAGGCAGGCCGCGACUCUCAUUUGUUCCAGAAGUGAAUGAAAGAAUGCACGGAGGCCCAUCUUCCCAAUGCUGUACAUUCGUAUAGAGUGUUUCUUCUGUUGUAUUAAAACAGAAGUACAAGUAAGAAGUAAGAUCGGUGUCUUGUACACCUUUUAAUUGCUUUUAAUGAAUAUUUGUAUAUAGAAUGUAUUACUGUUCAUUACUUUUUUUGGAGACAAGUAUGCAUUGAUUAUUUUGUCUGUGUAUCUUUGUUUAGCCUUACAUCCAUGCAAUUUCAACAUACAGGGUAAAUCAAAAAGAACUGAGCACUUUCAAAUAUAGUAUCAUAUAUCAUAUAGAUAUUUAAUCUAAACCAACUUGUAAAAGAGUCUUAGUCACACGAAUGAUCAAUAUGUCCCCUCAUGUAGUCUAAUUCGUCCCAGACUCUGUGUUGCCCUUCAUUGCAGAUGGGUGACAUGGCAGCUAUGAUGCAUUCUUUCAUUUCCUCAAGUGUCAAAAUCUGGGAAUAAAAAACAUGAAGGGUAUACAACAUGUUCAUACAAUAGCCAUGGAGUUACAGUAUAUGUUUUGAAGCGUCCAGUUCUUCCUCAGUCACCCUGCAUUUCAACAUUCUUGAAUUAAUCACAGGAAAAAGUGAGUGGAGAACCUUUUUAGUAUGAACUUUUGGUUGAUAUUGUGGAUUUCUUAGAGCUUUGCUGGCUAUUUUUUUCUAUUUUUUAUAUUUUUGCUGGUGCGCAGCUAUGAUUCAAAAGAUAAUCUCAAAAUAUUAUAAGAUGAAACUUUUGGACAGGGUUUUUAUUUGUCUUAUGUACAGUAGAUUUCUCAAAUUUAAACUUUAAUUUAUGAAAUAGGGAAAACUUUACUGUGUUGAGUAUUGUGAAAAUCAUAGCUACGUUUCCAUUUUGUGUUAUGUUUAAUGUACUUGUAUAUUAAAAAUAUAUAUACUUAUAGCAAAAAACAUAUCUACUGUAUGCAAUCUGUGUGAAUACUGGCUGAGCCAUCGUUCUGCCUUGUGCCUAUUCAUUCCAGAAAAGACUGCGGUUCAAAUGGGAUACAGAAAAUGGAUGGAUGGAUGAAUGAAUGUAAAUAUCUCAUGAAUGUGAUAAUAUAUGAACAUACCCAAACUAUGAAAUAUUUUAUAAUCUGCAAAGUGCACAGUACUUGUAUGACCGUGUUUACAUGUUUGUUAUACUUUUCCUAGAAAAUUUCUUUCAUGCUUCAUUAAGUAUAUUUACUACAGUAUUUUCUAAGUACCUUUUUUGUAUGGAUUAGGUAUAUUUUUAUGCCUAGAUUUAUGAAUGUAUUUUACAAGUAUUUUUGUGUAUUGCUCAUUUUGGGUGUAAUUGAAUGUAUGACUUCUUGAGUAAUCUAGUCUGUUUUAAAAUGCUUGAUGUUUCACUAAAGCUGGGAAU